CCCAAUUUAACCUUCCCGCAAAUAACGCCUUCAAAACCAAAAAACGCAAAUCAAAUCAAAUCAAAUUCACAUUCAUCAAAAUUCCCUUCAUUCUCCAUAGUAUCUAGCUAUUGCAUCUACGAAUUAAUCGGAACAAAACUUAAUCAUCAUAAUCAUAAUCAUAAUAAAAAUUAGAGACCAUAAUCGGAAAAUUAGUUCCUCAAAUCCUAUGAGGAAACUGUGUCCAAAUUUUGAUAAAAUCGAUGGAUUGGAAACGGUUUUGGAAGUUCCGAUACCGGAAGAUAUGUGGACUGGAAUCGGAAGCAGUGGUUCGAAUCGGUGGCAGAAUCUUCGUGCUUUGAUGAGAGCACAAAUUUCUAACGAUAAAUCUUUGCAUCUUUCUGCUGCUUCUAAUAAUGAAUUCAUUGCGUUGCUUAAGCUUGUUGGUUCUCCGCUUAUUCCUCUUCAGGUUCAAUGUGAUCAUACGUUAACUCGUCCUCUCAAAGAUUCUAAUAUCGAAGCUUCUAGUGCAAAGUAUAUAGUGCAGCAAUACAUAGCUGCAACGGGAGGAGUGGGAGCAUUGGAUUCCCUGAAGAGUAUGUAUGCAGUUGGACAAGUGAGGAUGUUUGGGUCCGCGAUGCGUGAGGGAGAUGAUAGUGUUCAUCCUAUUGGGAGGGCUGAAGUGGGAGGCUUUGUGUUGUGGCAAAAGAAUCCAGAUUUGUGGCACUUUGAAUUGGUUGUUGCUGGUUUCAAGGUUAGUGCAGGUAGUAAUGGGAAGGUAGCGUGGACACAGUCUUCUUCUAAGCCUUGUCAUGCUAAUAAAGGUCCUCCAAGACCUCUUCGUCGCUUCUUUCAGGGACUGGACCCUAGGUGUACAGCAAACUUGUUUCUAGAUGCAGUAUGUGUAGGAGAGAAAACCAUUAACAAAGAAGAUUGUUUUCUGCUCAAGUUAGAGACAGCAUAUGACAUCCUCCAAGCACAAAACACGCCACACACAGAAGUUAUUAGACACACAGUGUUCGGAUACUUUAGCCAACGCACAGGGUUACUUGUCAAAUUCGAAGAUACCAAGUUAGUUAGAAUGAAACCAGCUAAAGGAAAUGAUUCUGUGUUUUGGGAAACAAGCAUUGAGUCGAUGAUCGAGGACUAUAAAUACGUAGAUGGUAUUAACAUAGCACAUGGUGGAAAGACGGUGGCCAUUUUAUAUAGAUAUGGUGUACCGCAUAAUCAUAAGCGAAGAAUUGAGGAGACAUGGAGGAUUGAAGAAGUUGAUUUUAACAUUUGUGGCUUGUCAAUGGAUUGUUUUUUGCCUCCCUCUGAUAUCAAUAAGGACCAUGAUGUUGUUGAGCAUAUGGUGUAGUAGGAAAGAGUUAGGACUUUUUCCUUUCCAUUUUUCAUAUUUUUUUUCAAUCACUACAAAUUUGUGUACAUAUAUUGUAUAGAAGUAAAUCAUAGCUGAAGACAAAAAUAGUAUUUCUCGAGGUCCUUGGUUCAAUGUUUAGCACGAAUUUUAUAUUACAGCAUUUUAGGACU